AAUAUCAAGGCAAAAGCAAGAAGCAUUUUGUAUGCACACAUGACUGCUUUGGUGAAUGAGACUGGUUCAGCAGGAAGCCUGAACAUGAAGGACUUCUUCUGCAAAGUGAUACCCAUCAAGUAGCUUCCCCCCCCUGUUCAGGGACAAUUCCUGGUGUUAGGCUGUUUUGGGAAGCGAUGGCCCUUAAUCUCUUUGCAGGAGAACAUCCUCCCUGCAAGCAAGCUGCUUGUGUGAUCUAACCACCUCUCGUGCCUCUGUGCCAGGAUACUGGUGAAAAGCACGAUCUGUCCUUCCUCACUAGGACCCAGCUGGUGAUGGGGGCAGCUCUCAUGGGACAUUUUUGCACGGGCCUUGUGGGGGUUAUGGGGGUGGGUGCCAGGAUGCCUGCAGAGUACUAGGGUGCUUGCAGGGGGCUCUGGUGCCCACAGGGUGCUGGGAUGCCUGCAGGGUGCUAGGAUGUCUGCAGGGUACUGGGGAUGCCUGAGGGUACUGGGGUGCCAGGAGGUUACCAGGGAUGUCCAGAAGUACUGGGAUGCCCAGAUGGUACUGGGGAUGCUCAGGGGUACCAGGAUGCCCGGGUUUACUGGGAUGCCCAGAGAUUAUGGGGGAUGCCUGGAGGGUACCGGAAUGCCCGGGGGUUACUGAGGAUGCCCAGGGCUACUGGGAUGCUAGGGGGUACCGGGGUGCCCGGGGGUUACUGGGGAUGCCCGGGGGUACCGGGAUGCCCAGAGGUUAUGGGGGAUGCUGCAGGGUUACCGGGGAUGCCUGGGGGUACUGGGAUGCCUGGGGGUACUGGGGUUGCCCAGGGUUACCGGGGAUGCCUAGGGGUUACUGAGGAUGCCCGGGGGUACCGGCGAUGCCCAGGAGUUACCGGGAUGCCUGGGGGUUACUGAGGAUGCCCGGAGGUUAUGGGGGAUGCGGGGGGUUACUGGGGAUGCCCGGGGGUAUCAGGGGUGCCCGGGGGUACCGGGGAUGCCCAGGGAUGCCGGGGUGCCCGGGGGUACCGGGGAUGCCCGGGGGUACCGAGGUGCCCGGGGAUACCGGGGAUGCCCGGAGGUUACCGAGGAUGCCCGGGGGUACCGGGGUGCCCGGGGGUUACCGAGGAUGCCCUGGGGUACCGGGGUGCCCGGGGAUACCGGGGAUGCCCGGGGGUUACCGAGGAUGCCCGAGGUUACCGAGGAUGCCCAGGGGUACCGGGGAUGCCCGAGGGUACCGAGGAUGCCCGGGGGUACCGGGGUGCCCGGGCUGCGGCGGGGCUCUGGUGCCACCUCGUGGGCUGCCGCCUCCCGCCGCCGCGCAGGGUCCGGCCCGGUCUGGGUCUGGCGGGAGCGGGGGGGGGCGCCGGUCUGUCGGUGCGGCGGAGCAGCAGCUUUGCUCGGCAGCCCAGCGCCUGCAGACGGGGCUUGCCCGCCGGCCCGGGGCGGCUGCUGGAGCUCCGCGGCAGGACAGCGCUCAGCACCCCUCUGCUCGGUUCUGCAGCUCCUCCUUGGCUAAUCCUGCCAAUAUUUUCUUCCUUUGCUGCUUCCCAGAGACACACGUGUUCCUGUACCACCCCUCGCAGCUGCUCGGAAGAGCUGAUGCCUUCAGAAAAAGCGGUUCGGAGCAAAGCUUGCCACUCAGACCCCAGGAAAUAUCUCCAGACCUUCCCGCAGGGACAGGCUGGGAGUUUAUUGCCACCAUGCAAGCAAAGAGCUUAGCAAGAAUUUCUGAUGCCCGAUCACAUCAGGGAACAGAAAUAUUAGCAAGCCAUGCAGCAUAUGGCAAUCUUUCAUCCUGUUUCGGUGAGCCCAGCAAGUCUCCCGAGGAUGGGUGGGCAGGGGAAAGUGUCUCCCUUGUGAGAGGGGCCCCUGGCAGUGCAUGGUGACCCCAUCCUGCAUGGGAUUACCUGGCCCUUCCCUCCUCGCUUUUCUGCCUUGACCAAACACCUCUGGCCCUCCCCACAAACGCCUUCAGCAUGGUGUCACCUUGUAUACAUACAACUUUAUGGAAGCGCAAUCCUCCUCCUCUCUCUCUCAUCUGGGAUGCAGGGUUUGGCUUCCCCGUAGGUGGUAUCUGCUCCCCACCCCUCCCCAUGGGGUCACCCUGGCUCCUGCCAGCCCUGCCAGGGCUGGACCAAGGGCAGGAGAGCUGCAGGGCUGUAAGAAGCAGGAUGCCCCAGCAACGACCACCCAACUGCCAUGUCCCAAAGUCAGAACUUGAUCUAAACUGCCUGCAAGUUUGGGGCUGGAGGGUGAGGGCUGACUCUGCCAAGCCCCUUCCCACCUGCCUGGCCCUCUUCUCCCACAGGAGCCCCCGCACCCCCCUUGAACCUCCUCCUCCUCCUGGGGGUUGUGUUGUUAGUGGCCAUGACCUAGUGACAAACUCCCACAGCCCUGCAGAGAAAAGGAAAGGUGGUUAAUCACUGCCAUACCUGUGCUUUAGGGAGGGGAUAAAAGAUUCCAGCUGGGUCCUGGCCCUCCGCCUUCUGCUUUUGGCUGAGCUUGCCCUGGCCAAGCAGACAUGGGUGAAACUGUUCCCCAGAGUGUUUGUACUCUUUCCUCAAAGGCUCACGUAGAGCAGUAACAAGAUACACCAUCCCUGCAAAGGCACGUGUUGAUCUAGCGCAGGUCAAAGCCAGCAUUCAAAGCCCCCCCGAGCAUCGCUGGGAUCCCAGAUAAGCUGUGCAGCAGCACCCAGCUCCCUGGGACUGCAGAGGGAGCUGGCCCUGCACCCUCGCAGAAAGGGCAUCAGCUGCACCAAUGGGCCAAAAGAAAUAUGCCAGAGGAAAGCUAUGUAUAUGUAUGUUAUAUAUAUAUUAUACAUGCUAACAUUUCAGAACAUAGAGCAGAACCAGCCCCUCCAGGGUCUAUUUAGGGGCUGGGGUCUGGCCACCAUCCACAGGAGCCCUGUAUUGUUAUUCUGAAAGAGCACCAGCUCGCAGGCUCCUAAGCCGCACCAAAUCCCCGCUUGGGUGGAGAGGCUGGAGCCACACUGGCUUCACAGGACCUGCUGGUGAUUUUGAACUGCUCUUGGCAGCACGAGAGGGGAGCACUGAGGGAUAAAAGCAUCAGGUAGCCGGUCUGGCAAGCGCUGAGAAUACCGAGUGUGCCCAAAGAGCUGCAUCCUGCUGUGAAGUUACAGCUACGACAAGCACUCACACACUGCCAGUCUGUGGCAGCUGAUAAAAAGGCAGGAGACGAGAGAGGAUGAAAUCA